AUGGGUUUUUUCUUUUGGAAUAAGGCCAAAAGCGAUGUUAUCGCCGGUGAUUCUGCCGAAAAUAAGCACGAUGAGACAAAUGAGCCUGCUCUUCCUGACACCAGCGCUGUUGUGUCUACGAAAUCCUCCAAGUCUUCCAGGACGCUUGGAAGAAGGGGUACAUUGAGACGAUUUUUAAGCAUGAAGCGCAAGCCGCUGGAGGUUGAGCCGUCAGAAACGGCGGAGACAGCCGUGAAUUCUAUAAUAGAUUCUUCUGAGUACUUCAACGGAUCGUGCUCGUCGUUUGACGAAACAAGAGCUACCAAUUACAGCGGGAUGCAGUGCAGCCCAGAGCUGGACAAUACAGAUGAGUAUCCUCAUUUGAGACGCAAGGACAGUAAAAACAGACACAGCCGGAUGUCGGACUAUCUUAAAAACAAGGAGCCGGUCAACAUGAUGGAGAUCUCAAACACAAUGGAGAAGGAACCUCUCCCGAUACAGCAACUAUUCGAGCAGGAGUUUGAAGACAUAGACAAUCAAGAGAACACACUUUUAGUGAACAAGGAUAGAUUUUCAGAAAAACCACAAAAGAAGGGACUCAGAAGGUCCCUUUCCAAACUGUUUGGCAAGAAGGAUAAAGCAAAGACAGAAGGAAACAGGUAUGUGCGAGACUUUUCAGACAGAAGCAAGCCUGAUCCGGUUCCUAACUUCAGUUUCCGGUCUCUGAGGCUCAACGAUACACUGCAUAGUAUCAACAAAAGACCAGAGUCGCCGAAUCUUGCCAAUGUGGCUGUGUUCCCUGCCGUCUCCAAAAUUAUGUGCGCGUUUGGGGUGGAGUCCGAAACAAGCACCCAAUUCGAGGUCUUUGAGCUCCAGAGAGCGAGCAAGAUGCAUCUGAACUCGGUGUGGAACGUGUGGGGAGAAUUUGUCUCCACAAGCAACGAGGACGCCAAGCUCCGCAACAGGGUCAUAGAAAAGGUGUGGAAAACAAAACAGCUCAAUAAACUGGCCAGCAGGUGCAGCGAGCUGUUUCUGAACGCUCCUCAGUGCGGGUCGGCUGAAGAAAACCGGAUUCAUAUUUUCAAGUUCGGCCUGUCUCCACGCUACAGAAAGGAGCCGCUGCUUUACAACAGCGGGCGUGUCGUGAUCCGCAUUCCGUCAGAAAAAGUCGACAAGGUGUGGAGGUCGACACUGGACAUUGUCCUGAAAGAGCAACUUCUCUGGAGCAAGCUAGACAACAACAUCGUGGGAGUUACCUGGAAGCGGGCCCCUCACAGACACGAAUACAGCCUUAUUCUGUGGCUCACAAAGGAGGGACACGACCACGACAGCGUUUCCACGCUGAUGAACGAGGUGAUGCUGCUUUCACCAGAUGAGCUGAAGCCGCUGUUCACAUACUCAAAAUAUUACGUCAAUGCGGAUCACACCUACCACGCGAUAGAUCUGAACGAAAAAAAUUAA